AUGCACAAGGCGACGUUUCUUUUGAGCUUUUGUUUUUCGCUUUCAACUGCUUUCUACUUCCACACGGGGGAACGAGAGGAGAAAUGCAUAAUAGAAGACAUUCCGAGCGACACCCUGAUAACAGGGAGUUUCAAGAUACAACAAUGGGACUUAGGCAGACACGACUUCCUUGAAUCUGCUCCUGGUCUGGGAAUGUUUGUGACCGUUACAACUUACAGCGAUGAGGUAUUAUUGUCAAAGUUAUAUGGCCCACAAGGAACGUUCUAUUUCACUUCACAUUCACCUGGUGAACACAUAAUUUGCUUACAAUCUAAUUCUACAAGGCUUGUGUCAUUCGGAGGGAGUAAGCUGCGGAUCCACUUAGAUAUUCGAGUCGGAGAACACGAACUUGAUGCAGCCAUUACUCAAGCAAAGGACAAAGUUAAUGAAGUCAGCUUCAAGCUUGAACAUCUCAUCGAACAAAUUGAGCAAAUAGUCAAAGAACAGAACUAUCAAAGGGACCGUGAAGAAAAAUUCCGAAUGACCAGUGAAGACACAAACAGCAACGUCUUAUGGUGGGCAUUUACACAAACACUAAUCUUUAUCUCAGUUGGAAUUUUCCAAAUGAAGUCCCUUAAAGACUUCUUCAUAGCUAAGAAACUUGUAUAA